AUGAUGCGCCUCAGGGGAGCCGACUUCGCGGCGCGGACGUGCAGCCGGGAGGAGACGGAGGCGCUGCUCUCGGAGCUGACGGGAUGCCUCGCCAGCGCCCCGGAGGACGCGGCCGCGUCGAACCAGCCCUCCCGACAGAGCGUCGUGUGCGACAGAGUCCUGCGAGCCUGCGUCCAGCAGCUGGGGCAGCCCGGCGCCUGCGCCGCGCACGCCGCCGGCCUCGUGGCCCUGGCUGAGGUCGCCUGCCGGGGCUACGUCGCCGCUACGCCCCGGCCGGCACCUCUGUACCUGGAGAAGAUCCUCUACCACCUGCUGAGGAACGCGGUCGCCCGGGGGGCCGGCGAUGCCUGCUGGAAGGCGGCCGACCUCCUCCGCGCCCGGCUGCUGACGUACCGGCCCCGCGAGGCUCCCUCCGAGGACUUCGCGGCCGUCGCCAGGAGCGGUUUCGGCGUGCUGUGGAACGGGGCGGACGCCCUGGCCGAAGCCGGCCGGGCGCCGGACGAGAGCAGGGCCGCGCUUUCGGCUCGCUUGCGGGCCCUGCGCUUCCUGGCGCUGCUGGAGGACGACGACGGGGCCGCCCUGCUGCCGCGGGAGCCGCCCUUCUUCACCUCCCAGACGGCUCGCCAGGCGGCUGCGGCCGCCGUCAUGUUCGAAGCCCGGCGGGCGCCCCUCGGCGCCGACGACGCGGCCUUCCUCGGCCGGCAGCUCGCCGGGCGCUUGCUCGCGGCCCUGCGGGAGGGAGGCGGCGCGGCGGAGCCGUCGGACCUGCAGCGGUCCGUGUGCUUCUUCGAGCUCAGCUUGGAGCGCUGCCGGCGUCUUUGCAAGGGUGGCUGCUACGAGGAGGCCCUGGAGGCUGCGAAGGAAGCCCGCGGCUUUCUGGGCGCAGCUGGUAGCUCAGCGAAGUGCUUUAACGACCCGCUGGCUCUGCUGGAGGCCGGGGUCCGGCUGAGCCGGGCGCUCGCCGAGGACGCGGGCCAGGCGGGGCCGCCCCUCUCGCGAGCGGCCGCCGCUCUCGGCUCCGCGGCGAAGGUCUCGGAGCGGUUUGUCCGGGUGCUGGCCGAGAGCUGCCAGCUCGUCGUCUCGUCCCUCAGCGGGUACGUGAAGAGGAGCGAGCGGAGGCCCUUCGCUCGGGAGGACGUCCUCGGCCUCUGCGCCUUCACCGAGGGGUAUUGCUGCAUCCUCCGCAGGCUGCUGGAGCAGAUUCCUCCUGACGGCAUUAAACAACAGCUAGCGGUGAAACAGCUGCUCUACCACAGCCUCCAGCUCUUCACCAGUGUGGCGUACGAUGCCUUCCAGGGCUCCCAGGCGGCGGGGUGGCCCGGCCUGGAGCGGCUCGUGGGGGUUUGCCGACGCACCGUGGCGCGGAUGCUGGCGGCGCUGGAGGGGCUCCCCGCGAACGAGCGAGCCGAGUACCUCGACGUCACCGCGUCAUGCACGUUUAAGCUGGCGUACAUCUUCUACAGCCAGAAUCUUCACGAGGAGGCCACCUCCCUGUCGGAGCUCCUCUGCAGGAGGCUGGAGAUGGCAGAUGCCUAUAAAUACCCAGAGAUACCCCCAGAAAGGCUGCACAGAUGCUUCAGGCUGCAGGUGGAGAGCUACCGGAAGCUGGGUCGGUUCGAGAGCGCCCUGGUGUCCGUCGUCCAGUGGCUGGCGGCCCUGCGGGACGGGAUCCGUGAGCAGAUGGCGGAGCCCAUCUCUCUGUGGGCUAGAGUCAAAACGGAAGCCACGAAGCAGGGGGCCGAGGAGAUACGGCUGCGGACCCUGAAGGAUGGCUUGGAGGGACACCACUUGGAUGCCGGGACCUUGGUGGCCGUGCUCUUCGAAGAGCUGAAGGCCUACAAGACCGUGAGGGCCAACACGGGCCAGGAGCGCUACAAUGUCAUCUGUGACCUGCUGGAGAUCUGCUCGGAGGAGAGUGGCCGCCUGCACGAGCGGGCUCUUGGCUUGGUGGAGCUGGCCCAGGUCUUGUGUUACCACGACUACGCGGCGCACACGGACUGCUCCUCCCUGGACUCGAUCCGAGAGGCCUUGCGGCUGCUGGAGGCUGUGCCCAGGACUGCCCAGAACCAGGAUGAGCUCCUCGAUGACCGAGCACAGGCCUUGCUCUGGCUGUACAUCUGCACCCUGGAGCUCAAACUGGAGGAGGGCAUAGAGAGAGAGCAGAGAGCCAAAGCUCAGGGGCAGAAGCACCUGGAUGACUUUGAGCCUAAUGACCUCAACUAUGAAGACAAGCUGCAGGAGGACAAAUUCCUGUAUGACGGCAUCGCCUUCAACCUGGCUGUAGAGUCUGGUGAGAACGUGCUGUGGUUUGGUCUAUCUGGAGAAGCUCCUCAAACCUGUGACGUGUCCUUAGCUCAGUGCCAGAGCCUGGACGACGCCUUUGCCUUGUGGAAGCAGCUCCUGGAGAAGAAGGGAGUCCCCAGGGUGCGCAGCCUGGAGCAGACCGUGGCCUCCCUGCACCUCAUGGCAGCUCUCUACCGACUGAUGGCCAAGCCUCUGCAGGCCGUGGAGAGCUACCUCUUGGUCAGGUCGCUGUGCAGUGUGCUCGGAGACAGCCUGGGCAUGGCCAGUGCCUUGUGCCAGGUUACCAAGCUGCUCUUCCAGCUGGAGUGUCCCAGCUAUGCCAAGCUCUUCCUAGAGGAGACAGAGUCCUGCUUGCAGAAGGCAGAUAGCAGCAGCGAUUCCUACCUGCUGCUGAAGCAAACGUGCCUUCUGCUCCACAGCCAGCUCUGCUGUGCCAGCCACCAGAUUGAGAAAGGCCUUGCCCUGCUGCUGGAAGUGCUCCAGAACCCAGCUCUGCAGAGGAUCGCAAAGGUCUGGUAUCUGCUCAGAGCCCAUGUCCUUCAGCUAACGGCCGUCUACCUGAGCCUUCCCGCUGCCCGCCUCUCGCUGGAGCUCAGGCAGCAGAUCUUUGCUCAAGGGUGGAGGACGCCCGAGACUGCUCUAACUGAAGCCCACAAGUUCUUCCGCAGCAUCAUCCUUUUGCUGAUGGGCAGCAACGUGCUGGGCUCUCACAAGACCAUGUCAGAUGUCCAGUUUGUGGAUUAUGGGGAAAACCUGCUGCAGAAGUGGCAAGUGUUGGCUGACCUGCUGGCCUGCUCGGAGCACCUUGUGGCCCUCCUCAGCAGGGUGGAGAUGGUGUGCGAAGCCAAAGCCUUCUGCUUGGAGGCUGUCAAGCUGGCAAUGAAACUGCACGCGAUUCGGUGGUGCGCUGCCUUCCUGGUGCUGAAGGCCCAGCUGGAGCUGCAGCGCAGCGAGCUGGAGCUGAGCCGCUCUGACCUCCAGCAGGCCCUGUUCCUCCUGGAAUCCGGCACGGAGUUUGAAGCCAGUGAGAAGCAGCCAGAACGAAUGAAGAUCCUGCCCCGGAAGGGCAAGCCUGAGGGCAGAAAGCAGCGGGAUCCCAGCUUGGAGACCCCCAGGGAAGAGGAGGGCUUUCUGAAGGGCCCCACGCUCGAGUUUGUGGCCACGGUGAGCGGGCCGGAAAAAGCCGCUGCUCUCACCACGUCGCCGGAGCUGAAGCCCAAGCAGAGGAGACGCCUGGGCUUCCUGGCCCACCCUUCCACGUGCUCCUGCUCCCUGUGCUCCGACCUGACCCUCUCGGCUCUCUGCCUCCGCUGGCUGCUCUCCUGCGCCCAGGGCGAGCUGGCGGCCGGCAGCGCGGCCGAGGGGCUGGCCCUGCUCCAGGCCACGCUGCAGCGCUGCGCUGCCGUGGCCGCCCGCUUCGCCGCCGUGCUGCGGGACAAGCCGUGGGGCGGCCCUGCGGCCGGCCGGGCCCUGCCUGCGCUGGAGCUGCUGGACGAUCUGAUGGCCACCGGCUACGCCACGCUGGCCUUUCAAAGCCUGGCUGGCCCCCAGCCCGAGGAGAAGCUGUGGGAGCACCUGGAAGCUGGCCUGACCUUCCUGGCAUCCCGGAGGCCUCAUCUGCCCAGCCUGGAGGUCUCUAGGGCCACCCUGCUGCUUGCCAAAGCAGUUACCACCAUUUGCCGCCUGGCCACGAAGCGCGGGGGUUCGGUGACCAGUGUCUUCUCCAGUGCUUGGGCCUGGCAGCCCCCGCUGACUCCUACAGACCCCAAAGAAUUGGUUAAAUCCAAGGUGCUCAAGAUGAACGAGGCUUUGCCCCAGAGGAGUAAGAGCAAGAAGGUGACAGCGACAGCACCUGGGCCCAAGCCCAGGGCGAAGAAGAGCCAGAGAGCGAAGCCCCUGGCUGCGGCGGACUCGGACGAUGUCUUUGCUCUGGGCAACUUGGACACCGAGGUGCCCCCCAUCGUUAUCCGGCCGGUGACGGUGCCCUGCACCCCACACCAGGGACGCUGUCCCCCUGCCAAGACACGCGCCCAGGGAGCUGCGGCAGCCCCGGGCCCCAGGGUUCCCUUCACAGUGUUCAGCGAAUCCUCCCCUCUGGCUGGCAAGUCCCAGCUCCUGAAAGCCCCCAAAGCCUUGGGGAGAGUCAAGUCCCGCCUGAAGGUGACAUUCAGUGACGACAGUGAUGCGGAGGAUCCCAAACCGGGGGUCACCCCGGCAGCUGGCAAAACCCCGGGCCCCGGCCGCAAGACUCCCCGGCCGACAGGCCGCACCCGGAGUGCCCCGCGCCCCAAAUCCACGGCUGCCGACGCGGAGGGGUCUCAGACGAGCUCGUCCGAGGACAGUUCCCGCAGCAGCAACGCCCAACCCCGGCGAACACGGGCAGGUUCCCGCAGAGCUGGGGGCACAGAGGAGACGAGAGAGCGGACGACCCGCAGGGCUCCCGGCAGGAGAGCAGAGGAGGAGCGGGAGCUUCUGAGGACCAUCGAAGAAGAGGAGAAGGUGGAGGAAGGGCUUGAGAUCAGCUUUGAGGUUUUGCGGGCCUCCGAGGAAGAGGAGGGAGUCCCAGGCAGCAGACGGCCGCCCCGGCGCGGGCAGGAGGGCGCAGACGGGGAGCGUGAGGUCCUGCGGCGAGACGCCAGCGAGGACAUCCUGGCCACGCGGAGGGCUGGCAGCGGGGACCCCCUGCACCUGGAGGCCCUCUCCUCCUCCCUGCCCACGGCCAGCGAUGUCUCUUCCCUGGACAUGGCCUGUGAAUUCCUGAAAGCUGCUUUCAACUGCAUCAGCCACUGUCCUCCCAGUGCGCUCUACAGCCAGCUCUGUCAGCUCCUGGCACUGUCCCUGGGCAAGCAGGACCCCGUCUCCACCGCAUACCUGGUGUCGGAGUCUGUCUCGGUCACUACCCGCCACCAGCUGCUCAGCAUAGUCCAUAGGAAACUGCACAAGGCAAAGAAGUCGGCGGCUGAUGUGGCCGAGCAGCUCCAAGGACUCUCCUUGCGGGAGGAGAGCGCCGCUGCGCGCAGCCACCGCCUUGCUCAGCUCCAGGGCCUCUUUGAGUUCAGCUCCACGGGGCUGGGGCCUCGGGAGCAGGACGGCUUCAGGGAGCAGCUGGAGCAGAUCCCCAGCGGGGUGACCGUGUGUGUGCUGACCCUCGUGAGCCUCCAGCCUGCCUCUGUGGGGGACACGCUGCUGCUGACGCGGCUGGAGAAGGGCAGCGCUCCAGUGACCAUCCAGAUCCCCACCGCGCUCACCAAGGUCCCGCUGAGCUCGGUGCUGAGCGAGUUCGAUGCCAUCCAGAAGGAGCAGAAGGAGUCCAGCAGCUGCACGGACAAGAGAGACUGGUGGUUGUGCCGCUCGGAGCUGGACCGGAGAAUGAAGAGCCUCAUCGAGACCCUGGAGAUGCUGGUGCUGGGCUGCUGGAAGGGGGCCUUGCUCCCCGGCAGCCAGGAGCCUGGCCUGGCAGAGGAAACCUCCAGCUUGUGCUCCCAGCUCCAGAAGUGCGGCUGGGCAGACGCGGACGCGGCGCUCCUCAAGGUCGUGCUGAACGCCUCUCCCCUCCUCGCCCCCCAAGACCUGCAGACCCUGGCCCUUGGGCUCUGCCCAGCUCAGCCCUACGCGGCCCAGCUCCUCUUGCAGGAGGCUCUGGAGAAGCAGAAAGCUUGUGCCGGGCAGGCCAGCGGUUCCCUUGUCCUGGUGUUGGAUAAGCACCUGCAGAAGCUGCCCUGGGAGAGCAUGGCGUGUCUGAGGGACGUGCCCGUAACCAGGCUCCCAUCCCUGCGCUUCCUGCUCAGCUAUUCCCUGGCGCAGAAGCAGGCAGGGUCCGUGCUGAGCCGCGGCGUGAACCCCGCCAGCACCUUCUACAUCCUCAACCCGCACAACAACCUCCCGGGCACUGAGGAGCGUUUCCGGGGCUGGUUUGAGAGCGAGCCCAGCUGGAGCGGGGUGACCGGAGCCAUCCCGAGCCAGGAGCAGAUGCAGGCGGCGCUCUCGGAGCACGAUCUCUACAUCUACGCCGGGCACGGAGCAGGCGCCCGCUUCCUGGACGGGCCGUCCAUCGCCAGGCUCGAGUGCAGCGCCGUGGCCCUGCUCUUCGGCUGCAGCAGCGCCGCGCUGGCCCUGCGCGGCAGCCUCGAGGGCUCCGGCAUCGUUCUCAAGUACAUCAUGGCCGGGUGCCCCCUCGUCCUGGGCAACCUGUGGGAUGUGACGGACCGCGACAUCGACCGCUACGCCGAGGCUCUGCUCCAGGGCUGGCUGAAGGCGGGCUCGGGUGCCCCGCUCCUGCGCUACGUCGCCCAGGCCCGCCACGCUCCCAAGCUCAAGCACCUCAUCGGGGCUGCCCCCGUCGCCUACGGCCUGCCCGUGUGCCUCCAGGGAGGGCUCAGCGCUGCCUCGGCCACCGCCUCUUGA